AUGACGCGCUCCCCCUCGCCUUUGUCUGGGGAGGGCUCUUUGCGAGGCCCUCAUACUCCGACCCAACCAGCAGCAUCGGAACAAAGCCACAAUCCGGCACAGAACUUCUCGCCCCGCCUGGGAAGGGAUCCUCAUACUCCCACCUCUCGGUCUCCCUCGCAGUCGCGUGCGGCCUCUCCACUGCGUCGCCUUGGAUGGGCUUUGCAUCGGGUGCACGCCCGCGAGGAGCCUUUCGUACCUGUCGAUCCUUUUCGCAUUGGCUUUUUCGGCCCAGCCAGCAAGGGCGAUCGGGUAUCGGUUAUGCAACGUCCCGAUAGCGACAAUGACAUAGAAUGCAAAGACGCGUUCGGCGGGUGCCUGCCUCUCCCAGUGCUGUCGCCGUGCAAGACCAAAGAUGGCGAGAGCGAGGGAGGUUCCUGGAAGGAUGUGUUUCGCGACGCGCGCACAUUCCUCACGGACACAUUGCCGCGCCAGUUCUAUCUUAUCCUCCUGCUGGGCCUGCCCGCGCUGUACUGGUCACGCGUCACACGCGUCUUCGAGGAUGCCGAGCUCAGCAGGCCCGACGUGCAACGCAUGAUCGACGCGUGUACCCGCGAUCCGAACGACCGCGGCCCCGAAGGCGUGCCGGGCACCCGCGACCGCUCCGUGCCCAGCAGACACACGGUGCUAUUGCCGUUCCCAGAAGAAUGGAAUCCGCCAAUGGUCUCCCCCGCGUUAGUGCGCUUCAAGCAUUCGUGGGAGCAAUUCGUGGACUCGCUCCUGCGCGAGUGGAAGACGCUCAACCUGGUGUCCGCCUUGUUGUGCACGGCAAUCUUGACGAUGUUCCAAGUGGACGAUGCCGAGGACGAUCCGGUGACGCGGUCGGCGGCGCUAUUUGGACUCGUCUUUGCGCUUAUGAGUCUGUGCUACGGCUGCGUGUUCAUUGUCCAAUUUGGAACGAUGCGGACCAUGGACAGGGCAUCUCGUUGGGCAGAGGAAGCGCAAAGGACAAAGACGGCUAUCCUGUGGAACAUUUGGGUACUGCUCGCUGCUCCUGCCAUCUGGCUUGCCUGGUCCAUGAUCGCGUUUUGCGUUUCGAUCCUUUCAUAUGUCUGGCGCACGGGAUCCAUCGCAAACCAGACGCCGCCCUCCCCUCUUAGCACUCGCCAGGCCAUCGGCGUCCGUACGGCGAUCACGGUCGUGUUUGCCCUGGGGCUAUUUAAAUUUGCGAUGAUCAUCCGCACGUUCAGCUCGUACCACGGCGCGCGACGGGAGCGGCGGCGCAUGCGUGAGGAGAUGCUCGGAGGCAAAGUACGCGACGAGCGCGAGCGCGGGCGGCGGGACGCGAUGGAGGAGGUGCGCGAGCGCGAGUCGCGGGCCGGGUCGGCGUCGAUGGUGGGUCUUGGCCUGACAGGGCUCAGCGAACACGCGCUGGCGAGCCCGGGGAUGGCGAGCCUCACGGGCGUCGUACGCGAUGAGGGGGACCCGGAGAAGGCCGAUUUCCUCAGCAUCGAGAAGGGGAGGGGCCGAUUGAGGAUCUCGCCCAAGCUCUGA